UUUCAAAUUUUUGCCCUUGCAUCAUUCAUUCUCCGAAAUAUAUAUAUUAAAAAACUAAAAGCAGUAGUAGUUAUUAGGUGUUUUUAGUUUCCUAACCCCGUAGUUGUUCAAUGACAAACGCACACGGUGGCGCCAUGUUAGUAGAGCAUAAAACAAACAGCAACAGCGUACACAGACAAAAGUUCGGAGCCUUGUUGCACUCCGAAACGACGUCGCUUUACACCUCCAACCACGACGACGAUGAAUUCUCCUCCCAUAAUAACCAACGGCACAGCAGCAACAAUGCCUCUCCCUACAUCAUGUCCCCAUGGAACUACCAACCUAAUGGCAAUAACAAUUCUUCUUCUUCUCCUUUCAAUAAAUCUCCGUGGCUAUUGCCUUCUUCGCCGGCGAUAAACCUCUUCCACCACCACCACCACCACCACGAUAACGACCUCCCGGAAAACGGCCUCAUUGGAUCCCUCGUCCGCAAGGAGGGCCACAUAUAUUCCCUUGCCGUUUCCGGCAACUUGCUAUACACCGGCUCUGACAGCAAGAACAUAAGAGUGUGGAAGGAUCUCAAAGACUUCACGGGAUUCAAAUCAAGCAGCGGAUUGGUGAAAACGAUUGUUAUUUCCGGCGGGAAAAUCUUCACCGGCCACCAAGACGGGAAGAUCAGAGUCUGGAAGGUUUCGUCGAAGAAUCCGAGCAACCAUAAACGCAUCGGGAGCUUGCCGACGUUCAAAGAGUACGUGAAGAGUUCGAUGAAUCCGAAGAACUACGUCGAGGUUCGGCGGCACCGGAACGCGGUGAAGGUGAAGCACUUCGACGCCGUUUCGAGCCUGAGUCUGGACGAGGAGGAAGGCUUGUUGUACUCGGGGUCGUGGGACAAGACGCUCAAGGUGUGGCGCGUGGCGGAUUCAAAGUGCUUGGAGUCGAUUAGCGCGCACGACGACGCCGUGAACGCGGUGGCGGCGGCGUUCGGGGGUUGCGUGUUGACGGGCUCCGCGGACGGGACGGUGAAGAUGUGGAGGAGGGAGAACCAGGGGAAGAAGUUCAAGCACGUUUUAGACCGUGUUUUGCUGAAGCGGGAGAACGCGGUUACGGCGCUGGCGGUGAACCGUUUAGCUACGGUGGUUUAUUGCGGUUCUUCUGACGGGUUGGUCAAUUUCUGGGAGCGUGACCAGAAAGGUGGAUUCUUGCACGGCGGCGUUUUGAGGGGGCAUAAGCUUGCGGUUCUCUGUCUGGCCGCGGCGGGGAACCUUGUCUUCAGUGGCUCUGCGGAUAAGAAUGUUUGCGUGUGGAAGCGUGACGAAAAUGGCUUCCACACGUGCCAUUCGGUUCUGACGGGGCACAGUGGUCCUGUUAAGUGUAUCGCCGUAGAGGAAGCAGAACCGCCGCCGGAGGGUCGUUGCGAGAAGGGGAACCUGCGGUGGAUUGUGUACACCGGGAGCUUGGACAAGUCGGUGAAGGUGUGGUGCGUGUCUGAACACGCGCCGGACGCGAGCGUGUUCCAGAGCUGGGCCACACCGUAUCAUUCCUCCUCCUCCGCAGUUGGAUUCAGUUAUUCCUCGCCGGGGAAAAUUAGUGUUAAUUCAUCACCGGCGUGGAGUUAUUCGUCGCCGAGAAGAAUUGGUGUUAGUUCCGUCUCAGCAGGAUUCAGCUAUUCCUCACCCACUUCAUUCGGGCUCAAUUCAUCUUCCUCCCCAGCAGGAGGAAUGAUUUAUUCUUCGCCCAGAAAAAUCAAUGUUAGCAACAACAGUGGAAAUAGCAACCGCAAUGGUGAUAGUACUCAAAGUUUUGAUAACGAUGAUGAUGAUGAUGAUGAUAGAUGUAUAUUCAAUGGCAAUGGCACCAACAACAGGAGCAGUAGCACUAAAAGCGGCGACAAUGGCAUUGGCAGCAACAACCGCGAUAGUGUUAAAAGCAGUGGCAAUGGAGAAAACAACCGCAACAAUGGUGGUUCUAAAAGCGGUGACAAUGGCAGCAACAACGUCAAUCGUGAUAAUGCUAAAAGUGGUGGCAAUGACAGCAACAACCGCAUCAGUGAUAGUUCUAAAAGUGGUGGCGAUGGCAGCAACAGCCGCGACAGUGAUAGUGCUUAUGGCAGUGGCAAUAACAUCCGAAACAAAGAUGGUGCUAAAAGCAAUGGUAACAGCAGCAACAUUGAUAGUUCUUAUGGUAAUAGGAAUAGCAUACACAAUAGUGAUAGUGCUAAAAACAAUCCCCGUAAUGGUGAUGAUGCUUAUGGCAACAAGAACAACAAUCAUAAUGCUAAAAGCAAUGGGAAUAGCAAUGACUAUCGCAACAGCAAUAGUGUUAAAAGCAGUGGCACUAGCAACGGCAUCCGAAACAGUGAUUGUGCUAAAAGCAAUAGCAAUGUCAAUGGCCAUAACAACAGCAGCUGCAAGAGUGAUGGUGCUAAAAGCAAUAACAAUUACACUCGCAACAGUUAGGGUGCCAGUAGCAAUUACAGCCAAACCAGUGAGGACGCUAAAAGCAAUGCCAAUGGCAAUAACAAUAGCAGCUGCAAGAGUGAUGGUGCUAGUGGCAAUGGAAAGAGCAAUUACAACCGCAACAGUGAUGGUCCUAAAAGCAAUGCCAUUGGAAAUGACAACCAAAAUAGUGGUGCUAAAAGCAGUGACAAUGGCAAUGAAAAGAUCAAUAGCAACCGUAGCAGCGAUGGUGCUAAAAGCAAUAACAUCCAAAACAGCAAUAUUGCAAUUAAUUACGUAUUUUAUUAGUUUGUUGCAAAAGGCAAUUAAUUAAUGUUUAGGAAGAAGUGCAUUCAAUUGCAUGUACAUAAAAGUUGAAGCAAUGUGAUGAAAGAGUAAAGGCAAGAGAAAUGAAGAUAGAAAACGAGGUGGAGCUUACGCGGGUGGUAAUAGUGACAGGAGGGUGUGCUUAGGAUUUCCCCUGCUUGCAGUUAUUUGUUUAGCGUAAGUAAGUGGGAUCAAUUAGAGUUUGUAAAUAUGGUUUUCCAGCCUGUAUAUAUGCAUCCAUAGCCUUAAUUAAUAUAUAUACCUUUUGCCGUGUUGCCUUC